AUGACGACCACGAACACCAAGACCCCUAUCUUCCUCACUGGGGCGACAGGGUACAUCGGCGGGUCCGUGCUCACGCGCCUCCUGCGCCACCGCAGCGCGGACGCGUUCGAUAUUACGGUCUUCACUCGCUCUGCGGAGAAGGCGAAGUUGCUGCAGGACAAAUUUAGCGUCAAGGCUGUCGUCGGGACGCACGACGAUCUCGACAAGCUCGAAGCGUGCGCGGAACGGGCACACGUCACUUUCUCCUGUGCCGAUUCGGACAACCUUCCGGCCAUAGAGGCGAUGUUGCGCGGUAUGAGGAAGAGGCACGCACAAACAGGAGAUGUCCCUAUCCUCAUACACACUUCUGGUACAGGCGUCCUCGGUGAAGAUGAUAAGGGCAUGGCCCCCUCCGAGACCAUCUACUCGGACCUCAACAUCGAGCAGCUCAAGUCCAUCACACCGGCAGCACCACACCGCAGUGUCGAUUUGGCCAUCAUCGAUGCAGACAAGCAGGGCUUUGUACGUACUUACAUCGUUCUGCCCUCUACAAUCUACGGCAUUGCCUCUGGCCCACUUGUCGACGCGGGGAUCACGAACCCGCUCUCCCUACAGAUCCCUACCCUCAUAAAGGUGUCCCUCGCCAGGAAGCAGGCCGGUAUGGUGGGCGUGGGCAAGGCGCUGUGGCCAAACGUCCACAUCGAUGAUGUGGCAGACUUGUACAUCGUGAUCGGAGACAGACUGCUGAACAACGGCGACGAAGGCAUCGGCCAUGGAUGGGAGGGGUUUUACUUUGGCGAGAACGGCGAACAUUCGUGGUACGACAUCAGCAAGGCCAUCGCCGAGUCAUUUGUCGAGUUGGGACUUGAGGGUACGAGCGAGCCGACGCCCUUUAAGAAGGAGGAACUGGUCAAAUAUUUUGGCUCUGAAGAGGUCAGUAACCUCUUUGGGUCAAACUCCCGCUGCCGGGCAGAACGCAGUCGCUUGGUUGGCUGGAAGCCGAAGAGGAGGACGGCGGACAUGUUGAAGGGGAUCAAAUCCGAGGUGGAGUUUAUUGUGAAAAAGUUGUAG